AUGCAAUCAAGAGAAGAUAUCAAGAAUGCGCUAGGCGACAUUAUCAAUCGCUACCGCCCAGAGCUAAAGCCAUUCGAAGACAUUUACCAACACAUACAUGCGCACCCAGAACUGUCAGGCGAAGAAAGACAGACUGCUCAGAUAGCUGCCGAUCACCUCACAUCCCUUGGGUAUGAAGUCCACACUAACAUCGGCGGUCACGGCGUCGCCGGUGUCCUCCGUAACGGCGCCGGCCCAACAAUACUACUACGGGCCGACAUGGACGCAUUGCCUGUUGAAGAAAAAACCGGUUUAGAAUACGCUAGCAAAGUAAUCGCUACGGACACCAACGGUAAGAAGCAACCAGUGAUGCACGCCUGCGGCCACGACACCCAUGUCACGACUCUUAUGGCUGCAUCAACCCUGCUACACGCCGCCCGCGAUAACUGGAGCGGAACUUUGAUCUGUGUCUUCCAGCCGGCCGAGGAACAUUUCAACGGCGCACAGGCGAUGCUUGAAGACGGCCUCUACGAUAAGAUCCCUAAGCCGGAUCUUGUCCUCGCGCAACAUGUUAUGCGUAUGCGCGCCGGAACGAUCAGCCUCCGCGCAGGCCCGCUGCUUACGGCUGGCGAUGCGUAUGACGUGCGGGUCUUCGGCCGUGGUGGGCACGGCUCGCAGCCUCAAACGACAAUCGAUCCGAUUGUUCUUGGGUCGUCGAUUGUGACUCGGCUACAGUCUAUCGUGUCGCGCGAGGUUACGCCGGGAAAAUUGGCUAUCGUGACUGUGGGUAGUAUUCACGCGGGCCAAUCGCACAAUAUUAUUCCGGCGCACUUAGAUCUACAGUUAAAUGUACGCACUUUCGAUACCGCUGUGCGUGAGCGUGUGUGCGCUGCUAUUCAUCGUAUCAUUGAGGCAGAGUGUCAGGCUGCCGGUGUGGAGCAGAAGCCUGAGAUUAAGUUGACUUUCUCGACUCCGUCGACAAUUAAUGACGAGAAAACUGUGGGUGCGCUGAAGGAAACAUUCCGGCCAUACUUUGGGAAAGAUCUGGUUAAUACGGAGCUUCCGACUGCUAGUGAGGACUUUUCUUUGCUUGCUACUGCUGUUGGUGCGCCUUAUGUCAUGUGGAUGUUUGGUGGCACUGAUCCUCAGACUUGGGAUGAGGCUGUUGAGAAGGGGACUCAGGAUGCGCUGCCCAGUAACCACUCGCCUUUCUUUGCGCCGGUCAUGCAACCUACUUUGAAGACUGGGGUUGAUGCUUAUGCGCUUGGGGCUUUGACCUUCUUGCAGAAGAAGAAAUAA